CUACAGGGGCUGGUGGUGAAGGCAACGUCUCUCCCUGCACAGGUGCUGUCUCUGCCCCAUCGGCGGCUGGUCUGCUACUGCCGGCUCUUCGAGGUUCCGGACCCUAACAAGCCCCAGAAACUGGGGCUGCAUCAGCGUGAAAUCUUCCUGUUUAACGACCUCUUGGUGGUCACCAAGAUCUUCCAGAAGAAGAAGAACUCAGUGACAUACAGUUUCCGGCAGUCCUUCUCCCUGUAUGGCCUGCAGGUCUUGCUCUUCGAGAACCAGUACUACCCCAAUGGCAUCCGGCUCACGUCAGCUGUGCCCGGGGCAGACACCAAAGUGUUAAUCACCUUCAAUGCCCCCAACCCUCAAGACCGGAAGAAGUUCACCGAUGACCUGCGGGAGUCUGUGGCAGAAGUGCAGGAGAUGGAGAAGCACCGGAUAGAGUCGGAGCUCGAGAAGCAGAAGGGCGUUGUGCGGCCCAGCGUGUCCCAGUGCUCCAGCCUCAAGAAGGAGCCGGGCAACGGGAUGCUGAGCCGGGCCUGCCUGGACGACAGCUACGCGAGCAGCGAGGGCCUCAAGCGCAGUGCACUCAGCAGCUCUCUGCGCGACCUGUCAGAAGCGGGUAAGGGCCCGGCCUGAGCUGCCUCCUUAGCCAGUGCGCACAGGACUGAGGUGGCCGUAGGGGACAGAGCUUGUGCAGGCUUCUCCUGGCCACACCCCGAGCCACCUCCGACCCCACCGAAGGGCAAGGAGGGCGGGGCCGUCUGUGGCCAGAAGCGAGUGCAGGACAGCGGGGGGCCGCCUCUUUCCCUUCCUUCUUCCUGGGCCUUUAUGCUUCCACUUGGCUUUUAAAAACCGCUCCAAGGCCAAGAGCCUGGCCUGCGUGUCCCGUGUUCUCUGUGCUGCGUGUCCCAUGUUCUCUGCUGAUGAAUGAAAUUGAGUGAAGCCCUCUCAGCUGGCUGUGCGUCCCUUUCUGAGUCCCCACUAGUGCUUUCCCUGCAGGGACCUCCAUCCAGCCCGGGGCGGUUGCUGCUGCCUGCGUGGUGGAUUCAGGGGCACAGGGAAAGCCCCGGUGAAGUCAUGGUUGUCGGUGUUCGUUUCUGUGUGUGUUUAAUAUGCUGCCAGCCACUUAUCCCAAGCAAGCAGCACCGCUCAGGCCCCUAGGUUUCCAGGAGGAGAAGGGCACUGUGAGCCUCAGGGAGCUUCUGAGACAGACUUUUCUAGGCUCUGAGCAGGAAGAGAGCCCUCAGCCACUUGCAGCUGGGCUGCAGCUCGCUCUGUCUGCAGCACCGUUGGAAGAACAGGGUGAGGGCGCGUGCCCCAGCAGCCACACAGCUACCACGAGUCUGCCUACCCAGCCAGCUUCCGCCUGUGGAGGAGGCUCUGGGGGAGCGGCGGUUGUAGGGAUUGUCCCCCACGUAGCAUGUGGGCCCCAGGAGCCCGAUAUAGCCCUUGACCAGUAAGACCCUCGAAGGCCGAGACAGAUCCCCUUCCCUCCUCGGGCCUUACCUGCCACCCUGCUAUGCCUUGGCCAGUGUGGGGCCGCAGGAGCCUGCUCAGGGUGCCGUCCCAUUUCCUCCCACAGCCCUGUCUCUCACAGCUUACUCAUUUCUCAGGAAGUUCCUAUUCUUUUACAGUUGAAAUUUUUUCUUUGCUUUUGUCACUUACUUUUUCCAUAGCAAAACCCGAAAUUCAUUGCCAGCAUGAGAGUUUAAGGCAGCUUCUCAACCUGGUCAUAUGCGCAUUUUGGCCAAACAGCCCCAGCCUAGCAGGAGGUUACACAGUGCC